AUGGUUUCGAGUUCGAGUAACAACAAGAGCAACAACAACAAGAGCAACAGCAUGGGCAUGAAGACUCUAAAGGCUGUUACACAAGAAGCGAUUUCACCGCGAGAAGAAGAACAUGAAGUUG